AGCAACGCGAUCGAGAUUCGCUGGGAGCAGGCACUCUUGCGGCACAAUUCUUGGUUUGGAGUUGGCCGGCAGCAGUUUAGGACCGAGUGAGACGCCGCGAAGCAAGCGGCAUCGCCCUACGGCAGCCAAACAUGCACUUGUCCUCAAUGCUCUCUCUAGCUCUGUUUUCCUUGUUUUCGUCGGCACGCGCCUUCCGGGCACCGCGCAGCAGCAUCGUGAUGCUCUCGAUGCUCUCCGCAGUGGCUGCCUUUCAGGCGCCGCGCAGCCGCGUCGUGCCCCGAACGGUUGCCAACUACGCCGCGAAGCCGCUCCCCGCCGAAGUAGUGUUCGAGAACAUUAAUUUCUUCGGCUUCGUCAAGCGCCUGACGGCCGCGGUCGCUCACGCGAGGCCCGAGACGCUCACGAAGAUCACGAAGGCCCUGCCCGCCGACGACUUUAUUGCGGUGGUCAGUUUCUACAUCUUGCUGGACCCCGCACUCAGAUUAAUGUGGCGCAUCCGCUCGAAGCGGUCGUUUGGAGAUUCUUGGUUCGGGACCUUGCGACCGGCUCUGAAACUGCUCAGCAGCGUCUUCGCUUGUCUAUAUGGCUUAGAUGUCCUCUACUGCACGUCCUGCUUAGUGGGAAACCCCCUGCCGAACGUGAUCCCCGCAGUAGCAGCAGGAAUAGGCUACACGGCCGUCGCGGGGACCUUGUGUACUUCUAUCAAGGACCGGUUCCUCGAACGACAGGUCUUGCCGGCCUGGUCCAAGGACACGCGCGCGCGGAACUUCGCGGUCAAGAGGGGCACGGGCAUCGGCAUCUGGAUUCUGUGUAUCUUGAUCUGUCUCGAGACGCUGCGGAUUGAAGCGGGCGUGAGCGUCAAGUCAAUUAUUGGACUGACCUCAAUCUUCGGCAUCGCGACGGGUUUCGCGGUCAAGGAUUUGGCGUCGAACUGGGUCGGCGGCUUAUUGCUAUUUGUGACGCGGCCCUUCGUGCCGGGCGACAAGAUCGAGAUGUCGCCGCCUGUGAGGAAAUCAAAUUUCGGGCGCCCCACGCCAUCGACGCGACGUGCUUCCGUAGCUGCAUCUGCUCACUGGUUGAUUUCUACACAGGACUAGGCUCAAGCAGAGCGUCGUGGAAAGGAUCGGCUGGUACGCGACGCGGGUGAGGAGUGAUGAUGAUCGUGUCCAAGUCGUGCCCAAUUCGAAGUUUGUGUCGAACAAGAUCAGUAAUUUGUCGCGGCGGCGGCACCGCUCGAUCCGCAAGAGCUUCCACCUCGCGUAUGAAGAUCUUCCCAAGUGCGGGGCUAUCGUGACCGCGCUGCGCGAGAAGCUCAAGAGCAUGCCCGACGUCGACGAGAACCGGCGCCUCUACGUCUACAUCAAGGACCUGCGCGAGACGGACGUCGAGAUCGAGGCGGAAGUCCACUGGCGCGGCGUGUCGUCCUUGGUCUACCGCCAGCGGCGGACGGAGGCGCUCCUGGCCAUCGGCGACGUGGUCAGGGAUCACGGCGCGUCGUUCGCGGUCUGGGACGCCGUCCUGUCGAAGAGCGGGGUGUUCGAGGGACCGCGGAACAACGGCGCGGACCUUUCCACGGCGCCGGCAUACACCCAGUCCUAGUUUUGGACCCUUAGCUAUAUAAGCACC